AUGGUGGUAAUUCUACUGGUGAAUGUAUUGAUGAUGUUGGAUAGCAGUGAUAACAUUACAUUCUUCAAUGGGGUCUUUGCAAGUGUGGAGAGCGUUGCACUGUUUUUUGACUGCUUGGGCUCUCACUUCACCUGGCUCCAGUCCAUCUUCACCAACUUCCCUGCGUUGCUGAACUUUGUGAGCAAAAUGAGAUGUGUGACUGGCAUUUGCCCGAGGGAUUUUGAAGACUACGGCUGCGCCUGCCGCUUUGAGAUGGAGGGCCACCCUGCGGAUGAAGCCGACGGGGAAGUGGGUGAUUUCAAGAUAGCUGGAGAAGAAGGUCUCUUUCCCACAAUGGCUCCAGAAGAGACACCCGAUCUUGAGGAAUCCUUUGGAGAAGUUUGUGACCGUUUUACUUUCCUGCAACUGAGAGAAAAUGGAAUAGUGAAGAGAGUCCUACCCCAACUGGGGGAAAUGCUCUAUUGCUUAACUGACCGAUGCCCGGAAGAGUUUGAAUUGUACGGCUGCUACUGUGGCCAGGAGGGAAGAGGCCACCCAAGUGAUGAACUGGACAGGUGCUGUUUCUCCCAUCACUGCUGCUUGGAGCAAGUUAAAAAACUGGGCUGCCAUCCGGAAAGAAAUUCAAGGUCUGAAGUGGUGUGUUUUGAUCAUGCACCAAAGUGUAUUGGAUGGACAAUGUGUGAAAAGCUCCUCUGCUCCUGUGAUAAGGCUGCAGCAGAGUGCAUGGCGGCGGCAGCAUUCAACGAAAGCCUGAGCUCUCCUCACAGACAAGCUUGCCAUGGGGACAAAAUGGCUUGCCGCAGCGGAGGGCAGGGAAGGCCCCCGAGUGGCACCGGGAUUGGUGGCACAGCUUCCAGCGAGGAAGAGAGCAGCAGCGAGGAGGCAGGCACUGCAAAGGUCAUUUCUAGAAGGAGAAGGAGAGGCGUGCACGCCACGCAAGGAAAGUCCACACCUACCCCUUGACAAACAAGAUAAAUAGCCUUGUUUGCAGCUUGUUGGUUCUCUGUCUAAGGGUGCGACUAUACUGACAUAAAAUGUGGGAAAUGCAAUGGGAUUGAAACGGCCUGCUUUGUAUUCUUCCCCCCAUCGAUCACAUGACGUAAAAGCCAAUUCAA